AUGCGCGGAACCACGUGUCAAAUAACAAGCAAAAUAGAAGAAAGAAGGAAACUGACAUUUUUGCCUCACAGUUUGCCAAAAUGUCGAGUUUCUUUCUUUCUUUUAAAACCAAAAGUGGAGCUCUGGGGAAAAAGAGAAAGAAUCUUUCACAAGUCAAAAAGAAAAGGGACAGCAAAGCCAUUAAGAAUAAAAAGAUUCCAUUAGCUACUACAAUACCAACCGAUGAAGACGAAGACAUUCCUAGUGACUCUGACACUGAAAACAAAGAUUACCAAUCUCUUGGUAUUGAUGAAGAUUUCAGUGAUAGAGAGGAGACAGCACCAGAGAAGAGACUACGCCUUGCUAAAGAUUACCUUCAGCAGCUGAAAGCUGAAGAAAGAGGAUCUUCAACUGAAGAAGAUGAAGAUGAUGAUGUUGAUAAUGAUGCCAUUGGUCGUAGGCUGCAAGAGAAAGCACUAGAGAAAUCAGGAAGGAUACACAAAGCUGUUGCUGAUCAAUGUACAGCUCCUCCUUUGGAGUCCAUUAGAUUCUUUAAAGGUCACAGAUUGUCAGUGACAUCUUUAGCACUCACUCCUGACGGCAGAUACGCAUUUACUGGCAGCAAGGACUCAUGUAUCAUAAAAUGGAAUGUUGAGAAAGGGGUCAAGGAGGUAAUGAUAACAAGAGGGAAGGAAGGAGCCCCUGGUCACACUGGGCAUGUAUUAGCAUUAGCAGUUAGUACUGAUGGAAUGUAUUUGGCUAGUGGUGGAACUGAUAACCUCAUUCAUAUGUGGAAUCCUCUCACUUGCAUUCAUUUGCAUACAUUCAGGGGACAUAAGAAUUCUGUUACUGGUUUAGUUUUCCAACACGGAGUGAAUCAGUUGUUUAGCUCUUCUUUAGAUAGGACAGUGAAAGUUUGGAACAUCAGUGAAAUGACAUACGUUGAAACACUUUUUGGUCAUCAAGAUGGUAUAAUCGCAAUAGACUGUCUCUCGCAAGAGCAUCCAAUAACAGCUGGUGUGGAUAAGACUAUCAGAGUUUGGAAGAUCAUUGAAGAGUCACAUUUAGUGUAUCAUGGACACAAGUCAUCUAUUGAUACUGUGAAGAUGAUUAAUGAUAAGAACUUUGUGUCAGGAUCACAGGACGGUAGUGUAGCUUUGUGGAAUAGUUCUAAAAAGAAGCCACAGGUUCUCAAGAGUUCCUCCCAUGAUUCUGCUGAUUUUGGAUAACAGCAGUAACUGCUCUACCACACUCUGAUCUUGUUGCCUCUGGGUCAAGAGAUGGGUAUAUACAUUUCUGGAAGUGUGGGGAGAGCUUUAGAACAUUGGAGAAAUUGUUCACCAUUCCACUGCCUGGUUUUAUAAAUAGUCUAUCAUUCUCAAGUGAUGGACGAUAUCUUGCAGCUGGAGUUGGGCAGGAGCAUAGGUUAGGAUGAUGGUGGAAGGACACUAGUAUUAGGAAUGGCAUUGCAUUCAUUUCUUUAAAUGUAAAAAAUAAUAAUUAGAAAAUUAGAAAGAAUCAUUAGUUU